UCUAUAGUUUGUUGUUGUUGUAAAUAAAUAUUAAACAUAACCUGCGUUAUGUCGUAUGUCAUAUGCGGGGUGGUUAUAAACAAAACUUAAAUUGUGCAGCGUUUUCUUUAAAUACUGCAUAAACUACAAUUUAAAAAUGGAAGUGGAGUUGUUAAGACCAGGAACAGUUCCCAUUUCACCGGAUACUCUGCUGUGGUUUGAAUUUCUCCUUGAUCCAGCGUUGCUGGAAAAACACUUAUCUAAGCAGAACCCAGAUCCUGCUCCCACAGACUUGAUUGUGAAGUUCCUCUCCAUCGUCCUGGAUCGCAAAGACGAGGUGAAGUUAACUGAAGCCCUGGACUCAGUAGACACUGUUAAAAUCGAAGAAACCGCUGUGAAACCGAACCGAAAAUGUUUGGCCCUGAAAAUUUUGUCACUCAAGGUUGCGGCACACCUAAGAUGGAAUCUGACCAUUAUAGAGAGCAAGCUGCCGCUGCCGAUGCAGGUGGCCCUGAUGCAGGCGCUCCUGCAGGUGGCCUUGGAGCGAGAGGCGGACCCGGCCCAGCACCCGGGGCUGGACCUCGGCACGCUGCCGGGGCACGCCCUCUUCGCGGUCGCCCUGUACCACACGUGGGUGCUGCGGGCGCUCAUGUACAACCGCCUGGCCGCCCGCCAGCCCCGGCCCGCCUUCGUCGCCAUACCCGGCCUGCAGGACCCCAUGUUCGUGCCGCCCAGCGUGACUGACGAGCUCCUGCUGAGCCUGGAGGGCCAGGCGGAGGCCAGCCUCGAGGUGCUGGGGCGAGUGGUUGUCUCGGGCCGGCCCGCCCGGGUCCCGUCCUUAGACUCCUUCGUGGUGCCGCGCGAGCAUGGCCCGGACGACUGCCAGGAGUGGGGCCGGUGCCUGCCCGUGUCGCUCGCCGAGUUCCACUGCCAGCUGCUGUUCGACCUGGGCAGGUUCCACUUCUACCGGGCGGAGUACGGGCCGGCGAGCGAGCACUUCCGCACGGCGGUGGAGCUGUACCGGGAGCUGGACCCGGGCCGGCUGUGCUACUGCGUGGUGUCCCCGGGCGAGCUGGACGGCUACGGCAAGGCCUGCGACAUCGUGCCGCCCGCCCCGUCGGAGAACCUGCUCUACCAGAUGCACCGCUGCAUCAGGGACCAGUACACCGGGAUCAUCCAGGUGCUGCAGCAGGACAACCUGAAGCACGAGAUCCCGCAGGUGCACCGCGACAUCCUGGAGCUGGACAUCCAGGGGGCCAUGUCCAGCGGCAAGUUCACGGUGGCUCGCGACCUGCCCCUGCAGGUGACCACGCUCAACGCCGUGAACCGCGUGGUGACGGGCGCCGUGGACUGGAGCAGCGUUAGCGGCCGCCGCCCCGCCCUGCCGGCGCCCAGGGCCCUCGACGCGCUCGUCAGCGCUCUCAAGCCGGUGCUGUCUGUGGCGACGGACGCAGAGAAGCAGAGAGUCAAGAUGUUCCUCGUCGACCUGGUGGAGUACGACGUCUACCAGGGGCUGCCGGAGCGGGUGUUGUCCACGCCCGAGCUCCGGAACCUGUUCGACGCGGAGGAGCUCCACACGUUUUCCAAGAGGACCGCCAAAGCCCCGGAGGAAGACAUUCCGCAGUUGCUUCUCACCUCAGACUGGGAUAUUCCGGAAAGUUUACUGCAAGAGAAUCAGCAGCUGCAAAAUGGCAGCCUUGAACAGAAACUCAUUCUCAGUUACGACACAGAUGAAAUCGAAGCACUCCUGAAAAGAAUUUGCCCAGCAAAUCCCAUGAAAGUUCAGUGGAGGAUAAAUAAUAAGUGGGAGCUGCCGAUUCCAUUGCAAAGUGUCGUCAUGAGUCUGCCGCGAGGGUUCCUGCAAGACUUUGUGUACCUCCUGCUGGCAAAGUCUCGGGAGCUCACCGCGUUGAAGGACUUCGAUGCGGCCCAGGCGAUGCUGGGCGCGGUGGAGGCCCGCGCGAAGGGCGCGGCGGGCGUGCCCAGCGGCGCGCUCUACAAGCUCACCAAGCUGCUGGGCUGGGAGGGCCUGCUCAUCAGGGUCACGCAGCUGCUGGCCGAGUGGCCGUGCCCCAAGAUCAACCGGCAGGGCGUGGCGGCGGACUGCAAGGCCUGCCUGUCUGCGCUCAAGUCCGGGGAGCAGGUCCUGCCGCGGGUGGAGGUGAGCGAGCAGUGCGCCGCGUGCCUGCUGAACCUCGGCGAGUGGGACUUCCUGGCCGGCCUGGACAAGCGCUGGAACUACUUCGAGCUGACGGCGGCCGUCGCGCGCGCCUGCGCCGACGUCGCCAGGCACAAGGGCAGCAAGAAGGCAUGCAAGGACGCCUGGGACCUGGUGCUACCGGUGUUCGGGUCGGGCGGGCAGCAGAAGCGCAGCAGCUCCGGGGCAGUGUCCCUGGUGCAGCGGGACUCGCCCACGGGAUUCGGCUCCGCGCAGAGCCGCGCCUCGCUGCUGCAGUUCCUGGACCGGCUGCGCGACGCGGCCGUGCUGGCGGUCGUCGUCUCGCUGCUGGCGCGGCUGCACAACGUGCUGCGCGACGAGCCGGCGCUCGAGCUGUGCGUGGAGCACGUCGCGCUCUGGCCCGCCGUCGUCAGCAAUGCCAACUCGUACCACACGCGAGGGGUAGCAGAGAUACUUUCCCAGCUGGUGCAGAUAGCCUUGAAGUACCAUCCUACAAACAUUUCCUGGUUGAAGCUAAUGGGCGAUAUUAACUUUGUCCUGGGGUUCUGGGCCAAGGCCUUGCAGUUCUACCUGGAGGCGGGCAUCGUGGCGAGCGACUACUUCAGCCAGCCCAUGCCCCGCGCGGUGGUCGACGACCACGUGUACCGCCGCAUGAUCAAGUGCUGCACCCACCUGCAGGCCCACACGCAGGCGGCCGUCCUGUGCCAGUUCCUGGAGGACGUGGACUACGCCACGGCCUUCAAGAGCCUCGGCGAGAUGAAGAGCAGCUCGUGCAGCGACGCCAUGGACGCCUACUACCCGUGCAUCUGGGACACGACGAUACUGGAGUACCUGGUCCACCUGCACACCAAGCGGGGCGAGCAGGAGCGCAGGAAGCAGGUGAUGAAGGUGAUUGGACUGCUGGAGCUGAAUGCAAACAACAACGAAGAAAUACAGAGGGAAGCUGCCAACAUAAGAAAAUCUCGCUUCCUGAGGGCUUUGGCAAUGCAGUAUGUGCAUUGAUGCCAGUGUUGAAAAGACACUUUACAAACUUGAAACGUUUCUAAGAACUUUUGUGUCACUGAACAAAUAAAAAAUACAAAACAAAAA